GUGCGUUUGGAGCUUUUAUGAAUGAACUUGAAGUUGGUGUCGUUCCGCAGAGUCGCCGCCGGGUGGCAGCAGAGAGCAGAGCGCCCGAGCGCCGGUGUGGAAGCCAGCCCUCCGCCGCUCAUUGAUAAGCCAGGCAGCGAAGCCGCGCCGCCUGCGUUGCGCCCGGGCUCCCGGAGCAGCAGCGCCCUCCGUACGCGCCGGAUCGUCCCCUCUCCAUGAGGCUGCGGCGAUGGAGCGAGGCUUGUCGGACUCCGGGGAGACCUUGCGCAGCAGCGGGCCUCCCCGCGAAGUUGUGCUCUCGGGGAUUUUCUCGCUCGCCCCGGUGGCGCCCAAGUCGAGCUGCGCCCUGAGCCUCACCAGCAGCGCGGAGCUGCUCGUCCGCCGGCUGGACACGUCGGAGCCCAGCGGCUCCAUCACGUCGCUCAGCCUCUCGGACUGCAUCGGCUGCUACGCUUUCCAGAGGAAAGGCGCCCCGGAGCCGGCGGCCGCCUACUUCACCGUCUUCUGCUACCCCUUCAAGAAGGGCUGGUGGGUGUCCGGAGAGUCCCGGCACAGGGUGGCCAAGACUUUCCGCGUCUUGGAUUCCCAGGAAGCCGAAGAGAACCGAAGCAUCGCCGAGACGUGGGCUCGGAAGAUCAUGGAGCUGUCCGCGCCGUCCACCGUCAGCCUGCAAGAAGCCACCUUUGGGCUGCUCUCCCGGCCCUGCCAGGUGAUGGUGUUGCUGAAUCCACGCAGCGGGUCCGGCCAGGCACUGCAGCUAUUCAAGUCCCAAGUGCAGCCGAUGCUGACGGAAGCCAACAUAGGAUUCAGCAUGUUUAUAACCGAGAAGAACAACCACGCUUGGGAUCUGGUGAGGAAGACGGACUUAUCCAUGUACAGCGCCUUGGUCAUUAUGGCUGGGGAUGGCUUGCUAUAUGAGGUGAUAAAUGGACUGAUGGAGCGCCCCGACUGGGAAUCUGCUAUCCAGAAGCCUCUUUGUAUCCUCCCAGGGGGUUCUGGCAAUGCCCUGGCUGCUUCUCUCAAUCACUACACAAGCAAGGGCCACUUCAACAAGGAGGAGCUGCUCAUGAACUGCACUUACUUCCUCUGCAAAGGCCUGCACGCCCCCAUGGACCUCAUGUCCCUCCACACGGCCUCAGGCAAGCGACUCUUCUCCUUCCUGAGCUUUGGCUGGGGCUUCAUCUCCGACGUGGACAUUGCCAGCGAGAGGUACCGCAAGCUGGGAGGCGCCCGCUUCACCGUGGGCACGUUCCAGCUCCUGACGACGCUACAGGUCUACAAGGGCCGCCUCUCCUACCUGCCCUGUGAUGACCAGAGCUCCAGCCCUGGCUCUUCGCCCUCCGCGGUGGGACACAGCUCCCCGUCGGCGCUGCGUUCCGAACAGUUCUCCUUCAGCAGCAAGAAGUCCCUGUACAGCUUCUUCCCGUCGGUCUCUUCGUGCACCAGCAGCAGGAGCUGUGUCCUCGAGGACUCCUUGCUGGUACCCUUUGAGGAGCCCAUUCCUGAGCACUGGACUGUAGCCCCAGAGGAGGAGUUUGUCUCCAUCAUUUGCCUCCAACACUCCCACCUGGGAGCAGACCUUCUGUUGGCCCCCCAAGCCAAGCUGUACGACGAUGCCAUCCACCUCUUCUACGUCACGGCAGGGGUCUCCCGGCUUUCCAUGGUCAAGUUUUUCAUGGCCAUGGAUAAAGGGACGCACCUGGCUCUCAACAACCCCCAUCUCCAUUAUGUGCCUGUCAAAGCUUUUCGGCUCGAGCCCCUGGUACGCAAGGGCUCCAUGACUGUGGAUGGGGAAGUGCUGCCCUGUGAACCCGUGCAAGGUCAAAUGCACAGGCGGCUUGCCCGCGUUAUUAGCAGCACAGGGAGUUGAAGGGGCGGGGUGGGAGGAUCCCCAAUGCUGCACAUCAACACUAUCUCUGGCAGGGAUAUUUCUCAGGGGAAACUUGGCUUGCAAAGCAUUUUUUUGAAACUACAACACGAGUAAUGGUGGAGCCUGUCCUCUGGUGGGCAUAAGACACUCUUCCCUGCAGCUUCAAUGUCUUCCUGCUCUGCACUGCCCAGAGGAGGUGGUGAAGCAGGUCUCCAAACCAUAGCUCUGUUUUGCCUCUCCAUCCAAUAUCAAACCUUCUAUGCACACCAACUGCGACUGAAGCAGAGAACCUGCCGUCAUCCCAAUGCAGCGGCUACAUGAAUAAAAAUGCCUCAGUCCAAUGCCACUUUGGGGGCCACUUUUAA